UGCCUUCAUAGCUACCUUUUUCUUAUUGCUUUCCUUUUCCGUGAAAUUCUUGCUUACUUCGUAACUAGUGUUGCGUGUUUCAUGUUUAAUUUAUCCUAUAUCACUGAAAGGGUUCAAUCUGUUCAUUUUGUUUAGCAAAUGGAUCAAGAAUGGCGUAGAUUUGGUCUUUAAGCGGUUCUAGAUGUUUUUCUAUACAAAUAUUUCCUUAUCUUCUUACAAUCAAUUUGAAUCUCAGGCUUUGGCCUUUGGGUAACUUUUAUUUGUCCAUGGUCAUCAUGUAUAGGUUCACAAUGUAAUUUGAACUUUUCUCCCUUAUUUCUUUCAGUUCCACAAGUUAUGUUGAUUGUUAAACCUUGUAUAGAGAAAGACACACAGGGAGAGCAUUGAUUCCACGAUAAACUUGCUACAGGCAGAAAUGGAACCAAUUACAACUUUACAAGCAUAAUGGGUUUGAUGGCUGUUUGGAGGACAAAAAAUCUAGGCAAGAGUCUUCCACUAACAAGGUUUCUUCAUGCCUUGAAAGAUAAUCAAUCAGGCCAAAUUUUAAUGUCUCCACCUCUUGCAUCUUUGGACCUUCCUGACAUCUGGACUCCUUCUUCACGUCGGAGUAUUCCAGCAAUACAUAAAAGCUUUAAUGAGCAGACUGCUGUAGUAUUGGAUGGAAAGUUGAUAUCCAUGGAAAUCAGAUCAAAAAUAGCGGCUAAGGUGAGACAAAUGAAGAAAUGCCUAGGAAAAGUUCCUGGAUUAGCUGUAAUUUUAGUGGGCGAACGAAGGGAUUCUCAAACUUAUGUUCGCAACAAGAUAAUGGCCUGUGAAGAAGUUGGAUUCAAGUCUUUGGUGACUGAAUUACCCGCUGAUUGUGCAGAAACAGAUGUUCAAAAUGAAAUCAGGAGAUUUAACAGAGAUCCAUCCAUUCAUGGUAUUCUUGUGCAACUUCCUCUGCCACAAGUAAUUUCUGAAUCUAUGACUUUUUACAAAUAAGUUAGAUCUGCUGAGUAUUUAUUUGGGAAAGGGGGGUACUGUCACAAUCUUUUUAAAGCUUUUUUGGAAAUGGUCAACCAGUGAAGUAUUUUUUGGGCAGGGACCUAGAAUUAUAAUCGCCUUACUUUGAAAAGGAGGGUUUUACCAUCUGAUUGUGCAAUUUAUCACAUGAAUUGUAAAAGAAAAAUUAAAAGCAUAGUCUAUGAUCUUCUGUUUUAAAAAUAACACUCACAAAAAUCUCUUAGAAAUUGACUGUUUUUGUCAGAAUAUCAGAUGAUGUCUCAAAAUUUAUUAUUUUAUCAUAGCAGAGUUUCUUUGAUAAUUUCUAAUGAGUUAUUUUUAAACUUCAUUAUAUUUCUUGAUUCAUUUUCUUAUUUGAUUUGUUUCGUAACUUUCUGUGAUAGUUUUACACUUUUUUGUUUUGAUUUGAUAUGUUGCACCCCCAACAAAGCAAGAAUCCCUUUUCUUUCCAAUUUUUUUUGUUUUCAAUCAAUUUUUUCCUUCUUUUCCGUAUUUUAUAUGAUUUAGCUAGCUUUCUUUUAUGAUUACUGUUGUAAUAUUAUAGAGAUAUUUUAGGAGAUAUGAUACAGAUUUGGUGUAGUUGACAUUGUUUCUAUUUUAUAUCAGAUUGAAUUUGUAUUUACGUGGAUGGCCUCAUUGGCCUGCUUUCAGGAGAUUUCCUAUACAUUGUGUAAUUAGGAUCAUAUAUUUAGAUUUAGCUCCAUUUUUCCUUAUUUUUUGCUUCUCGUUGUGUCUAUAUAUUCAUGUAUCCUUCGUACAGUAUAAUCAAUCACCAGUAUACAUAUUCUUUAGUCUCUUGUUCAGGUCUCAAGUAUUACUUUUCUCUUCAUAUUUAUUUAAGUUGCUUUGGUGCCACACGUUUUUUCCAUUAUGGGAAUAUAGGCUAGUGCACUCUUCAAAAUCUUUAAACCCCAUGAAACGAACUAGCAAGAAAACUAAAGAUCCAGGCUAGCAACAAAAACCAGAAGUUUCAUGGAUGUUUUUUGUGAUUUCUGGAGCAUCAAUUGUAAUGAGGAAAAUAAAUCCAUUCACCGUGAUCUACUAUGCAAAAGGGCAAGUAGCAUCAAUAUUGAUUCAAAUCCAAUUUGUGAGCACUUAGCAGUGAAGUCGUCCUGCUAUAGAAAGCUUUAAGAUUAUAAAGUCAAAAGUCAAGUCAGCUCAAUAGAAAACUGCCUUCGACAUUGUAAUUUUUUCAUCAACACAAAGUCAGAAAUACCAAGCUCUCUUCUUGUCAUUGACUUCUUUGAACUGUAGACCAGCUUGUUAAGCUGAGUAAUUAGUUAUAUUCUUCUUUUCAAUGACCAGUUUUCUGAUUUUAGAUGGCACGCUCUGUUUUGACUACAUUGGUUAUCCACUACCUGUACAUCAUUUUCCACUCACAACACACCCUACCCUAUGGUUACCCGCUGGAAUAAAACAAUUACAUACCCAAAAAUAUUGACAUAACUAGAAAAUACCACCUAAAGAGGAAAAACACAGGUGUAUCACAAGCAACUUGACAUCCUCGCAAGUAAACUUGAUAUCCUCAUGGUGUGCAUCUUUGGAGACAGAAUCUAAUGCUAUCGUGAAAAAAGGAAACAUAGGAAUAAGAUAGAUACAAAUAUUUUAUCAAUAGCAUAACUAGUUGAUGUGAAUCAAGAAGAAGCAAUAAUGGACUAGGAAUUUAAGUAGUUUGGGACUGAAUAAUUAAUAAGUUCAUUAUCUUAUUUUUAAUGUAAUUUUCGUUUUAUUUUAUUUUAUUAAAUAAAUAUGAUAGGUUGCCUUGCCUUUUAGGUUGCU